GGGUGAUUCGGUAAGCUAAGAUUUGAGUGCAAAUGUGGAGAAAACAGUUUUCGAUUCAUAUAAUCUAAACAAUGGCAUAGCCGUUUCUAGGCCUACUGAUGGUGGAGACUAUGAGGGAAUGGAGAAUGUUACUGAUCAAGUAAAGAAUCUCAUGUUAUGUCAGCAGCGGAGUGGAAGCCCCAAGCAGAUUUCAGUUGCAGAUGUGCUAUGUGCUGCAUGCAAAGAACUGCUGUUUCGUCCUGUGGUUCUUAACUGUGGCCAUGUAUAUUGUGAAAGUUGUAUCGUCAAACAAGAUGAAGAGAAGAUUAGACGUCAAGUUUGUCAAAGUUUCCAUCCAACCGGACUUUUGGAUGAGGAUCUGCAAAACUUUUUGGUCGAACAGUUUCCUAAAGAACUUGCACAUAGAAGAGAUGGUGUACAGCUAAAGCAUGUUAAUCCAACUGCAUGUGAAAGCAAAAGCAGUAAAGAAGCAGAGAAGUCAUCGGGUUCAUAUCACAUAGGAGUUGGCUGUGAUUAUUGUGGGAUGUAUCAGAUAAUUGGGGAUAGAUACCGGUGCAAAGAUUGUGUGGAGAAAAUUGGAUUUGACCUUUGCAAUGAUUGUUAUAAUACUAGUUCCAAGCUUCCAUGUCGAUUUAAUCAGCAACAUACAGCAGAACACCAGUUUGAGCUUAUACGCGGCAACAUUAUUCGUGAUCAGUUUAAGGAUAAUGAGUGAGCGGUUAGGGGAUGGUUCUUUUGCUGUUUUACUGGCUCACAUGUCAGGGAUUCCAGAGGAAGAUGCCGGGAAUAGAGGGCUCCCCCAUGCUACCUCCACCAAUGGUGAAAGUGAUG